CUUAGCGAGGGUUUUGUAUGUUCUCGGCUUCCAAAUUUCUAAGAAUUUGAUUUAUUUUCUGCUUAGGAUAUUUUCCUACUUCUUUCUGUGCAACCGAACAGAGUCAUUUUCUCGUAUAUGUUUUUUUCUUCCUCUUUUUCUUUUCUUUUCAUUUCGAUACUUGGAUAGUCAAUCCACCUACGACCUUUGAUGUAGUUUCUCGCAUACCGAGCAGUUUUCUGAGAUCGCGGUCUCUCAAGCAUGGCCGAAGUCCCCUCUCUGAUGUCUCUAUGCAUGAAAAAAGUUGGAAAAGAUAUUCUUCGAGAUGAUUUGGGGAAUGAUCUUUCGUCCGCUAUAUAUGAACUUCCAUCGGACCUGUUUGAUGGCCUGUUGAUGUAUUUGCCUCCAUUAGCCUUGCAAAAGUUACAAGAAGAAAUGCCAUUGAGGUGCUGGAAUGGCCAUGAAUCCACCAACAUUUGCUUCAGAAAUGGAAGAAAACGUGGAAGUUGCGGGAACUUCAAUACAGCAUGGAAGGCAUUAUUUAAGUCACGUUGGCCUGAUCUUGCUAGGAAGAUCCAACGAGUGGAUUGGUCAGCAGGUGUAGCAAAAUAUGAAUCAAUAAUUGACUGGCAGCAGAUGUAUUGGGAAACACACUUGCAGAAUUGCAUAGAUGAAGCAGCAGAGAUAGCCGUACUCCCGUCUUUUGAUGGAUGUCUGGGUGAGAUAGAAAUUCCAGACACGAUAAUAAAAUGUAUUGGUUAUAAAGGGCACAGGAGUCAUUCAACGUGUGACUACUCAAAAUUAUCUUAUCACUGUGAACAAUUUGGGUCCUAUGCCAGGUGUCUGAAACUUCAGAAUAUGCUUUGCCUUGCAGAAACUUCUCAUUUAUUAAGGAAGAGCAGGUUGCAGCAGUUGGUACUGCGUUGGAUCAAAUCAACUGAGCAUAUGGAUGGAUUGUGCCAACUUCUGCAGCAGAACAAUGAAACUCUAUCAUCUCUUGAAUUCAUUUUUUGCAAUCUCUCGUCAGCUUCUUUAAAUGCAAUUUGUGAUUCUCUACGCGUGAAGGAUAUGCAGACAUACAGAGUACAGCACUUCUCAAUCACAAAUACUGUUCUCGAAAGAAACCCGGUUUCUUUACCUCAUGGACUUGUAUCUUUUCUGUCAUCUGGCAGGUCCUUGUGUUCAUUAAAAUUCUCUGAUAACCGCCUUGGGAAAAACUUUGCCAAACUGGUUUUUAAUACUCUUCUUGAUGCUUCGUCUCGUCUAUCCACCCUCAACCUUGCAGAUAACAAUAUCACAGGCUGGCUUUUUAAUUUCAACCAGAGAUCUUCUACUUGGCCCCUACCCUCUUUCGGAUUGGGCAAAUCUUUGCAAUUGUUACGUGUGCUUAAUCUAAGGGGAAACAAUCUAUGUAAAGAUGAUGCAGACAAUCUUAAAUAUGCUCUGAUUUAUAUGCCUAACUUGGAGAUCCUGGAUUUAAGUGACAAUCAUAUUGAGGAUGAUGGAAUCAGUAGUCUAAUCCCCUACUUUGUAGAGGCCUCUGAAAGACACUCUCCCCUGGCUGAUUUGAGUUUGGGGGACUGUGAUCUUUCCUGCAAUGGAGUAACUCAACUUUUAGAUGUUCUAUCAACCUUAAAGAACCCACUGCAUUCUCUAUCUAUUGCACAUAAUGAACUUGGCAGCCAAGCAGCAGGACCUCUGGGAAAGUUUUUGCGCACAGUUAUUAGAGUACUCAAUGUUGAAGACAUUGGACUGGGUUCAUCUGGCUUUCUAAAGCUACAAGAAGAUAUGCCAGAGGAGGUGAAGCUUGUCUCCAUCAACAUAAGCAAAAACCGUGGUAGGCUUGAAACUGCAAAUUUUCUGUUAAAGCUCAUGUCAAAGGCUCCAGAACUUGUUGUUGUUAAUGCAGCAUAUAACUUUAUGCCUGUAGAAUCAUUGACAGUGGUACACUCUUCCCUGAAGGUUGGAAAAGGUAAGCUUGAGCGUCUGGACUUGAGGGGUAAUGCCCAGUUCUGUCAGUCUGCUCAUGCUCCAUUGUUUGAUGAAUUCCAACAUCGUGGAAGACCCAUUGUGAUUCUUCCGCCUUUGCCUGCUGCAGAUGAACCUUAUGAUGAUGAUCCAUAGAUGCGUGGCUGCUACAUGUGACAUGCUAGAGUUUCUUGUCUAUCCAAAACAAAAUUAGGUAGUGUUGUGCUUGCGUAAUGUAACUUGUGUGUAAUUUAUUGCCUUCUGUCUUCAUAGCUACUGAAUCAUAUUCUCAGUCAUAGCUAUCAUACACAGUUUUGAUCUAAGAUAUAUCUGUGCAUUCAGUCUAUUAGCUAGUCAUAAGGUGAUGCUUCUGUAAACUAUGAGGAGAUAUUAUUAGUAAUGAAACUCCAUUUCACUAUUUGUACAUC